AGAAGGAGAUGUCUUUUUUAUAUUCCGAACCACGUUUAAAGAAAGAGGUAUUUUGAACUCAAGACAACACGGUUAACGUCCGAGGUUUGCGUGUCUCGUAAGAAAGAAGAGGGAGAGUCCAAUAUUCGACCUGAUUUCAUCUGUUAAACAGGCUAGUAUUUUCGUCGACUUCACAAAGGGGUUUGCAAUCUCUCACAACCUUUUCCGAGGUUCUCUUUUCGAGGUUCCCUUGUUGGACUGGAUAUUAUUUACUUUGGGACUAGUUUUGUGAUUCGGAUCCGGAGGGGCUCCAUAGACACUCAUUACUCUUCACUUGAAACUUGGAACCGUGCGUCUCAUAACGAAAUCCAUUACGAAUGUUUUGCUAUCGGAACGGGUUUAUUGAGGGAAUUUAAAUUUUCCACCCGAGAUCAGUUGGAAACUAUAAAAGACAAACUGUUUGAGGACGAUUUUCUAGAACUCCAGAGUCUUCUCGUUAUUGUAAACGAAGAACUUCAGCGAGGAUACAAAGGCUGUUGGAACUAUGCCUCAAAAAGGGAUAUUUUAAUAGAGUGAAGCAGAUGACAGUCUAUAAAUUGUUUUAAGCGGACAGUCAACUCUGUUUCCAGAAUACUAUAACCGGGCCACGUGGGAGUCUGGUGUCGCGUCCAUGAUGCAAAACAAGGUGUAUGACAUCUGUAACGAAGGUCACAGUGGAGUGAACCAGCUCGGCGGUGUGUUCGUCAACGGCAGACCGCUACCCGACUCCACGAGACAGAAAAUAGUUGAACUCGCACACAGUGGCGCGCGGCCGUGUGACAUAUCAAGAAUUCUGCAGACCCAUGCUGAUGCAAAAGUCCAAGUGCUGGACAAUGAAAACGUGUCCAACGGCUGCGUGAGUAAAAUCUUGGGUAGAUACUAUGAAACAGGCUCCAUCAGACCCAGGGCGAUCGGAGGAAGUAAACCACGAGUAGCGACUCCCGAGGUGGUCGGCAAAAUUGCCCAGUACAAGAGGGAGUGUCCGUCAAUCUUCGCGUGGGAAAUCCGAGACAGGCUGCUAUCAGAGGGGGUCUGCACAAACGAUAAUAUACCCAGUGUGUCAUCGAUAAACAGAGUACUGCGCAACCUGGCUAGCGAAAAGCAACAGAUGGGCGCAGAUGGCAUGUAUGAAAAGCUGAGGAUGCUGAACGGUCAGACCGGCACGUGGGGGACCCGGCCGGGCUGGUACCCCGGAACCUCGGUGCCAGGACAGCCCAAUCAAGAUGGUUGCCAACAGUCAGACGGAGGCGGUGAGAACACAAACUCAAUAAGCUCCAAUGGCGAGGACUCAGAUGAGACCCAAAUGAGGCUUCAGCUUAAACGAAAACUGCAAAGGAAUCGCACUUCUUUCACACAAGAACAAAUAGAAGCACUUGAAAAAGAGUUUGAAAGAACGCACUACCCUGACGUUUUUGCACGAGAAAGACUUGCUGCAAAAAUAGAUUUACCAGAAGCAAGAAUACAGGUCUGGUUCUCAAACAGAAGAGCGAAAUGGAGGAGGGAGGAAAAGUUAAGAAAUCAAAGAAGACAAGCCAGUAAUUCCUCAAGUCACAUACCCAUCAGCAGCAGCUUCAGCACAAGUGUCUAUCAACCAAUCCCUCAGCCCACAACGCCAGUAUCCUUUACGUCAGGCUCCAUGUUGGGCAGAUCAGACACAGCUCUUACGAACACAUACAGCGCCCUGCCACCAAUGCCAAGCUUCACCAUGGCCAACAACCUUCCUAUGCAACCCAGCCAGACCUCAUCCUACUCCUGCAUGUUGCCCACUAGUCCUUCAGUAAACGGGCGGAGCUAUGACACAUACACACCCCCGCACAUGCAGGCGCAUAUGAACAGCCAAUCAAUGGCCGCCUCGGGCACAACCUCAACGGGUUUAAUCUCACCUGGAGUGUCUGUACCCGUUCAAGUGCCAGGCAGUGAACCAGACAUGUCCCAAUACUGGCCCAGACUACAGUGAGAACGCGACGCACAAGAACAAAAAAGGAAAUCAGAGGAGAGAAAAAAAAAAAAAGAGAAGCUCCUUCACCUCCUGAUGUCUCUCGGCUACAAGACAGGGGUGUUCAGCAGUAUUUCACCACAGAAGGAAAGGAGGAGACUCUAAAGGACCUCUUUUUUUGUACGGGGAUAGUGCCACUUCUCUAUCAUUCUUUGGACACAAAGACUUGAAGAAUAAAAGAGAACAGACUUCUGUAAAGUGCCCGGUAUUAUAUCGUAAAAAAAUCUGUUUUUCAGUUUCCAACCUAAGUCAUUUUGAUGUAUUUGUACAUGUAAUGGCCAAUUGUAUGUUAUGACAAAAAAAGGAAAAAAAAAUUUUUUUUUUUGAACAACCGUGGAUGGACUGUCAGUAGACCAUAUUGAUGACUCAUCCUGCACUGCAAAGAUUUUUAUCCAAUCAGACGCUCUCUAGAACGAGAAUGUCCUGGCCACUGAAAACACCUGCAGCUGACUAUCAAAUUGCUGAAUACAUUUGGCUUUUAUAAGACCAAACUAAAAAAGGAAAAGAAACAACAUUGUAAUUUGGCCUUGAAUCGGUUAACGGAGGAACAUUUGUGCAGGUUUUACUCAUCAUUUUCUCAUUUGCCGCUUAUAUCAAGAACUUCUGCCCAUUUCUGUUUCAAGCGUGGACCUGUAGUAACAAAACGAUCUCUGUAAUCUUUUCGAGAUGAACAAACACAGCAACAGAGUUUCAGAGGAAGCCAGUCCAGAAUUAGCAUUUUUUUUUCAGAGCUUGCAGGUGAAAGUGAGCUGUUUUUGUUGCUGAACCGGAGGAGGAAAAUGUUUGGUAGCUUAAAAACGGUAGAUUGUGUCUUCGAUAUAAUUCAGUUUUGUUUAUGUCAAAAUGUAAGUAUUUGUCUUCCCUAGAAGUCUCGCAGAACAAUUUCUAUAAUAAAAUUAAUUCCAUUUUAUAA